AUGUGGUCAGGUAUCUCGGCUACGACAGGCAUGCACCAUGUGGUACCUGUGGGGAGUCGAGAAGUGUCUGUGGGGGAUGCCCCUGCUUCUAGUGAAAUUGCUGUGCAGGUGCCGGAAACACCGGCACAAGUCGACUGUCCAGAUUUCGAGUUCCGAAGGGAGGGAAUUCAUCUUGAAGAGGUCAUCGGCAACGGCUUCUACGGCCAGGUUGUGAAGGCUAAAUCCGACGGGAUUCUCGAAGGAGAGAGCACCACAGUUGCUGUCAAAAUCUUGAAAGGCCAUGCAAGCACCACCGACUUUAAGAAUGAGCUGGCCAUUUUCAGAGCCCUUGAAAAACACCCAUUUGUCGUAUCGUUUCUUGGAAGUUGCACAGAAAAAGAGCCUUUCUACAUGAUCAUGGAAUACGUUCCCAAUGGUACGCUGGAGGCCUUCAUCACACGGAAACGACUGGCAUGGACCGAAACACGACUCACUGGAUUAAUGAAAGAAGCAAUGAACCCCCUUCGAAUACUGCUGUUCGGUUUCCAAAUCGCUAGUGGAAUGGAGUACUUGUCCUCUAAACAUUUGGUCCAUCGUGACCUUGCUACAAGAAAUGUACUUCUUGAUGAAGGCCUAACCUGCAAGUUGUGCGACUUUGGCCUGGCUCGUGAUGUCAAAGGAAUAGGACAGUACACACAGAAAUCUGGGAAUGCGAUUCCUUUUCGAUGGCUGGCCCUGGAGUGUAUUCGUGAUAGCAUCUACACAACCAAGAGUGACGUUUGGUCAUUCGGUGUUCUCAUGUGGGAGCUUAUGACGCUUGGCGCGCAGCCCUACACAGACAUGUCCUUCGAGGCCAUGGUUGUCUAUCUGCUCGGUGGUUUUCGGCUUCCGAGACCUGCUCACUGUGGGGAAGAAAUAUAUGUCCUGAUGUCGGAGUGUUGGACAACCGAACCCGAAUUCAGACCAAGCUUCACUGACCUACGGCAAAGACUGGAUUGCCUGUUAAAACUUGACUCGAAAUUGAUGGAUAUGUCCCAAUUUACGUCUGAUGUUUACCUCUACCAAAACCCGUUGGUGCAAACCUACUUGCUGGGAGAAGCCUAGAGUCUCGUUGGGCGAAUCAUGGACGAAUUUGCUCAUCGUGGUCGCCGAGACCUUUUUGCUAUUCUGAUCAUGUCGGCAAGGGGUAUUUUUAUCACAUUUGAAAAAACAACUCGCUGUGUACAGGAUGAUUGGAUUAUCGGAUAAUGAGGUCCGAUGUACUGGCAGGAACACCCAUUACAGAUCUUUGAUCUGUUCACAAAAAAAAUGACAAGUGUUUGCUGGGCGGACUGCGAAAACUUUAACCAUGGAAAUUUCC